AUGAGUUAUUUUAACUCGUGUAGGUUCAACCCGACAAAUGGUGGUUCAAUUUAUGCUGCUUCAUCAGAUGGGACAAUAAGUUGCACUGACCUGGAGACUGGGAUUUCCUUGUCACUAAUGAACCUUAAUCCAAAUGGGUGGGAGGGACCAAGCCGUUGGAGGAUGCUUUAUGGGUUGGAUGUUAACUCAGAUAAAAGUGUUGUCCUUGUUGCUGAUAAUUUUGGAUAUCUGUACAUGGCUGAUAUGCGGAGCAAUAACAUAAUAAGCAAACCUACUUUGAUUCACAAGAAAGGAACUAAAGUUGUUGGUCUAAACUGCAAUCCUCUUCAACCAGAUCUAUUUCUGAGCUGUGGGAAUGAUCACUUUGCUCGAAUAUGGGAUAUGCGCCGCUUGGAAGCUGGGUCUUCUCUUUAUAAUCUUGAACAUAAACGUGUUGUUAGUUCUGCAUAUUUUUCUCCACAAAGUGGCAGCAAAAUACUUACUACUUCGCUGGAUAAUCGGAUCCGUGUGUGGGAUUCAAUUUUUGGCAACCUUGAUUAUCCAAGCCGAGAAAUUGUUCACAGUCACGAUUUUAACCGAUAUCUUACAGCAUUCCGAGCAGAAUGGGAUCCAAAGGACUCAUCAGAGUCUCUUGUUGUCAUCGGGCGAUACAUUAGUGAAAAUUAUGAUGGAGCUGCUUUGCAUCCCAUUGACUUUAUCAACAUCAGUACUGGGCAGUUGGUUGCCGAGGUCAUGGACCCAAACAUAACAACUAUUAGUCCGGUGAACAAGCUACAUCCACGUGAAGAUAUUCUGGCAUCUGGUAGUUCAAGGUUUGAACAAUGAUCAUAUUUAUGUGUCUUAUGCGGUGAUAACCGACAAGUAGUGAA